GGGAAAUAAAGCCUCAGUACAGCGGAGGAGUUAGAAAACCCCCAGUGAGGCAGCCGCUCUGACGGCUGUUACCAGAAGCAGCGACCAGCGGAAAGCCUCGCAGCUUUCAUGCUGGAGCAGCGGCGUGUUUAACGGAGACAUCCCCGCGUCUGUUUCUUCGGGGUUUCAAUCGGUGUAACAUGACUUUUAGCGCCGUGUUGACGCUGCUGCUUGCCGCCCUGUGCUGCCAGCAGGUGGGCUCCGCCAAAUGCCGGAGAGUUCGUGAAAAUGAUCCUUUGUUGGCCCCAUGUUGCACUACGGCUGUCUCAGAUGUUGUUCAGGGACAUUGUCCCAUAAACUUGACCUCUGACCCGCCCCCAGCAAUAGAGACAAGCAGUGGAUAUUAUGAAACGAUAAGAGUCCAGGUCUGGAUUAAUUCUACUGACUUUCUUCAGAUUGAAAUGGAAGGAAACUAUAGAGAGGUUUUCAGGCCACACACGAGCUGCAAAAUAAAGAAUCAUCGGAAUCAGGCAAUCAGGUGUUGCAAGAAUUCUGUGAACUCUCACCUGUGGAAGCUGGAGUUUGACUUCAAAGUUGCCUCUAGACAGACCGCUUAUGUGUCGUACAGCUCAAAGUCGAUAAACUGCAAUGUUCAUUACGUUGUUCCAGCUCCUCAGCCAGACUUCAGGCUGUCUGUGAAUGAGUCGUCCAAAACCAUUUCAGUCCAUGUGGAUUCUGGAGACCCGGUGAAAGUCAGAUGGUGUUAUGAAAAAGAUUCUGGCUGCUCCAGUGGCGAUCAACCACUAACCACAAGCCGCUCAGCUGUUAUCACCAUCCCCCAUCUGCUGCCCUGUGUGUGUGUAGAGGUGUACUACACCUACGAAGAUGCCUCAAGACGUAGAAAGUGCCCAUUUCGAAAUGAAAGCCUUAUUGACAACAGAGAAAUCCUGCAGACCUCUACGGUGACGAUGUAUGAUUCCCACUUGUUGUGGGUCCCGAAGUGUCCUGAAUGCAGAAAGAAAGUCUCUGCUGCCCUCUGCUGGAAGAUGCAUAAUAACGUCUGCAUACCUAUUCCCAACUCCACUCUGGAGACGAGCAAUGACCCUGCCCUGCAAAUUAAAACAUCCACAGUGGAUAAACACCCCCAGAUAUGUGUGCAGUUUUUCAUCCAAGAUAGCCACUCCAUCUCUUGUCUCUUUAACAACGAUAAACCUACUUGGGAAGCGCAUAUCACGCCAGUCAGACAGAGCAUGUUGGUGCAUAUUACCUUCACUCUGUCCGCAACGUUUUCAGCUCAACUCUGUCUUCUCACUGAGGCAGGAUGUGUGCCUCGGGGACAAAUCCACUCAGAAACACUGGCCACCAAUAACCAAUCAGUCGGGAUAAAUGUACCCAUUCAGGACAUUACUGAGAGGUCAUGUGUGCAGGUGUGGCAAUCAUAUCCGGCUCUUAGUGGGAGAAGAAUCCUGUGCCCGGACUACACACACAACAGGCGGGGUGUGUACGCAGUUGGAGUUUUGCUACUUGUUGUCAUCUGCAUGUUACUUGGAUGUUUCAUUCACCGUGCCACCAAAAGUGGAAUGGCAGGAUGCCUGACCAUUCAGAGGCCGGUGCUGCUGGUGUGCUCGUCGGAUCAAUCGGCCCACGUCUCUGCUGUGUGCGCCUUGGCCUCCAUACUGCAUGAGGAACUGGAUGCAUCAGUGCACACUGCUCUUUGGGCCCAAAGCUCUCAGAUGCAGGCUCAGAAUGGGGCUAGCGUGGCGGAUCUGGGUCCGCUUCCUUGGCUGUACGGGCAGUGGGAAGCUGUCCGUAAGGCGCAGGGAAAAAUGCUGAUCGUGUGGAGUCCUGAAGCUAAAAGGACUUAUCAAAGAUGGAGAGUCAAUAGGGUGGAUAUGGAUAAUAGUUGGAGAACUGACAAAAUCAGGGCACCAGUGCAUGACCAUUUAAAGGUGACUGGGUCUAGGGUUGAAAAAGUUAAUGAUGAGAAAUGUAUAGAAAGCGAAAGAGCUAAUUGUUUUGAGGAUGAAGAUUCACAAAAGGAGCCAUCUACUGUUAUAAAGCCCAUGUUUGUGGCUGCUCUGGCUUCUCUGGAAGCAGCACUGCUGGAGGGCAAAGGUAAAGAUGUUGCCAUUGUUUACUUCCAGGGCCUGUGCCACAGCCGGGACAUUCCCCAUGCCUUCAAAGGGGUCCCUCGCUUCUGUUUACCUCAAGAAUUCAGCGGGCUCAUACAGGAGCUGGCAGAGGUGAGAGAAGGGACAAAAAGCGGCGAGGUCAGAUGGCACUGCUGGCCCAGACUCCUGUCUAAAGUUCUGUCCGUGUGGCUGGCUCGCCAGCUGACCCAGAGGCUACAAACCGUUCUGCCUCAGACACGAGCUCAGCGUGUCCCAUCAGCAAUAAAAACGUCAUCAGAUCAGACAAAGAGCAAGUGGAAGUUGCCUCUCGUUGGCUCACCCACCAGCAAACAGGAACGGGAGCUUCUGCACAGGUAGCAAUGGGGAACUGGGAAGCUUUGAUCUCAGGCUUCACACACCAGAAAUUUGCCCUGCAGGAAACAUGAUCCUGGAGAUUCUGUGAGGUAACAUGUCAAAGUUGAGCCUUUGGGAGCCGCUCACUAGAACCGUUUGUUGCUUGCUCUCACUUGUUUUGCAUAUCAAGGAGAGGCAAACACUCUGUCUUUUCCCCCGGAUUUCACCACUCAAAACAGAGGCAGCUUUAUGCUAACCUCUCGUGACAGAGGCAGAGAGCGAACACCUGCCUUAUCUCUGAAAGUAUGCUAACCACUAUGAAAAUGGACUUGCAAAUUAUUACUUCACUUUCUUCGCGUGCUCGCUCAGUGUUUUCGCAUCCUGUGACAACACAGGUGACAAACUGUACUGGCGCUGUUCGCUGUGGUGGACACAUUUGCAUAGGAUUUUCUAAACACAUGCACAUAGCCACGACAGUCUCAGGAUUUCCUUUGUUGGAAUGCAGCGGUGUUGAAAGAUGAAGAUGACUGACUUAUUUGCAAGUUUUGAUUGUUCUGAUGUUAUGACCCUGCAAGUUCAGGCAUGUUUGCUUUUGGCAAUUCUGAUUAUACUGCAGACAUACUACCUCAAAUUCCAUCUUAUGGUAAUGCAUCUUGUUUAAGAAACUUUAUUUGCAUAAUUUGUCGCCAGGAGUCAUUUGAUGAAUAUAAAACUAAUCCAGUGUUAGUUAGUUACUCAAACGUAAACAUCUACCUCAAAAAUCUCAGAGCAUUAGUUAAAGAAAAGCAUGACUGAGGUACUUUUCCACAUCUAUCCCCCUUGCAAAAAAGAGACUAAUCAAAGGUCAACGGUUAAAUUUAUGCAAAGCAACUUUAAACUGUAAGCUUAAACUGUAGACGCGACAGGAUAUCUGCAGAUGGAUAUGAUUGCCACUUUAGGAAAUGUUUGUGCAGCUCUUUUAUGUUUUUUUCACUGCUUCAGUAAACCAUGUUUAGCGUUAGCCUUGCACUGCUGGCAUUAUACAACAAUGUAAAAUAAUGAAAUACUUUUGAUAGAAAAAAAAAAGUGUACUUUGUGAAAAUCUCAUCACAUGCACCAUCACAUGAUAUUCAUGGGGGAUAACGUUGUUACUCUACAGAACCUUGCAAAAAUUCACACACAUUGAACAUUUUCAUAUACUUUCAUGAUCUCUUAUUUUAUUUGGACUUUAAAUUAACAGAACGACUCAGAGUAGUGCGCAGUGGUGAAUUGGAAUCAAUUGCAGCUGAAAGUCUUUUAGCUACCAAUGGCUUUUUUUUCCUAUCACUCUUCUGUAAAGGACAGAUUUAUCUAGUCCAUUACUUAUAAUUUCACCGUUUACAGAUUCUCCCUCCCGAGCAGUGGAUCUCUGCAGCUCCUCCAGAGUUGCCAUAAAAGUAAGGUUUUGGCCUCUUUCCUAAAUAAAAAAAGCUUUCCUAACCAGAUUGUUAGUUUAGCUUUACCCCAUAUUUUAGUAUGUUUCAUUAUAUUGUUCUCUUUCUUUCCAUUAAAAAAAACAUAGAUCAACUAGAUCUUUGUGACAGAUCCAAAUCUUGGGAUAUGGUUUUAAAACUUUUCCUGCUUUUAACUUCUCCGCAGCAUAAUCUCUGACCUUUCGGCUGGGUUUUUUUAGUUGUUUGUUCACUUACAUUUCCUAUUAAACCUUUGAGAUCUUCCAUAUUACACAAAGGCAAACUGUAAUUAUUUUUUGGCUUACAUUGGAAUUUACUUGAAAAUAUCAGAAUUAAAGCGAUCCUUACAAAUGCUCAAUAUGUGCUGCUUGACGGAGAUCAAAUAUAAUCCUUGUAAAACACUCUGUGGUUUGUGGUUGUAACAGAACAAAAUGCAAAAAGCUUGGGUAGUGUGAAUACUUUUGCAAACAUAGGAAGCAGAUUUUAAUAGUCAUUGAUUCACCUUCCUUGCUGAUCGCACUCAGACAUGAUUUAACUGUACCGCCGCGAUCAAAGGGCACAGUCAUGUAAACAAAAGCCUAUACCACAUCCAGACCUUGAUGUUGGUGCAUUUUUCAGUAUAUUAUGAAGGUUGGCUGCGCUUCCCUGGCAGGCCAGUUUACUCUCACGAGUACAAAGUUGUUUAAUGUGGAGUUGAGCCAAAUCUACUAUUUGAAAACUCAGCAAACUGUAUGCAUUUAAGAGCCCAGCAUGAUUUUGUAUUUCAAUUUAUGGUUGAACCAAAUGCUGCAGGCAUGUCAGCCUGUUAGGAAAGCAAGGAAACAAUCAGUGGACCUAACUGAUCCUAGAACUUAAGGAGGAGGCAAGUCAUUAAAUGUUGACGCCCAACUGAAACAACCAGACAUGUGGUUCCUGCAGAAAAAUUCAUGACCACAACACAGACUGUAAAGUUGUUUGAGAUGUUUGCUGUUCAACUACCUUUGUGGGCUGAACAGUUGUGAAAAAGAUAGUUAAUUAAAAGUGCUCUUCUCCCUUUUUUUCUUUUUUUUUUAUCUCAGCUCUGAAUGCGAGCUUUAAUAUCCUUGUGCUUAUUGUUAUGAUUAAACAUGCUUGACU